GAGGAGUCGGGCAUUUCUGGAAGUCGGAGGAGCAGCGGCCAGCAUCAGAGCAGGCGGAUUCGGCAAAGGAAGGGUGAUGGUGUGCUGGAUUUAAUGCAUUUUCACACCCAGAUACGCUGAAGGCGUCGCCAUGAGCGCCGUCCAUUCAGACGGGGGGAGCUGAAGCACAUUGCGCCCAGCUCGCUCUCUGUAGAUCCUGGUGGGAUAAAGCAGAUACUGGGUGUGCACGGCGUUAUAACGGUGAAGCAGCCGGUCCUCCCGUCGCCAGCUCGGGAAAGGAGCAUCUUUGUCUGAGGGCGUUAUCGAUGUGGAAGCCUCAUUCAGCCUGAAGGAUGCAACGGUGAUUUUUUUCCUGCACAUGAGCGAGGAGAUCUCCACACCCGCUGCUAUCCACUAGCCUAGCUCCCGAGCGCUCAGCAGCAGAAGGUGGGGCCGCGGACUGACAGCUAAUGUGGCUAGCCGGCUAACCUGGACCUCACGGUGACCACUGCUUAUCGUCACAUUGACAACCAGGGAGGUCCAGACCACGCAGUCCAUCGCAGACUGCUUCAAAUAAAGGCUGCCAUUGAUUGUGGGUGGGAGAUCCGGCGAGCAUCCCCCCUUUACCUAUAGACUAUGGCGGACGACGACGUGCUGUUUGAGGAUGUCUACGAGCUGUGUGAAGUCAUUGGCAAGGGUCCGUUCAGUGUGGUGAGGCGAUGCAUCAACAGGGACACUGGCCAGCAGUUUGCUGUGAAGAUAGUGGAUGUGGCAAGCUUCACAUCCAGCCCUGGUCUCAGCACUGAAGAUCUGAAGCGAGAGGCCAGCAUCUGUCAUAUGCUGAAACACCCCCACAUUGUGGAGCUUCUAGAGACCUACAGCUCUGAUGGAAUGCUCUACAUGGUCUUCGAAUUUAUGGAUGGAGCUGACCUGUGUUUUGAAAUCGUGAAGCGAGCUGAUGCUGGGUUCGUGUACAGUGAAGCAGUGGCCAGUCAUUAUAUGAGGCAGAUUUUGGAAGCUCUUCGGUACUGCCAUGACAACAACGUGAUCCACCGCGAUGUAAAGCCUCACUGUGUGCUACUGGCCUCGAAGGAAAACUCUGCACCUGUCAAACUUGGAGGUUUCGGAGUUGCGAUUCAACUGGGAGAGUCUGGUUUAGUAGCUGGAGGUCGAGUUGGCACUCCUCAUUUUAUGGCUCCAGAGGUUGUGAAGAGAGAGCCCUAUGGCAAACCUGUAGAUGUCUGGGGAUGCGGCGUCAUCCUCUUCAUCCUUCUGUCAGGCUGUCUGCCUUUCUAUGGCACAAAGGAGCGCCUUUUCGAGGCCAUCAUUAAGGGGAAGUACAAGAUGAAUCCCAGACAGUGGGCCCACAUCUCUGAGAGUGCCAAAGACCUGGUGAGACGCAUGCUGAUGCUGGACCCUGCUGAGAGAAUCACAGUGUACGAGGCCCUGAACCACCCCUGGCUGAAGGAAAGGGACAGGUACGCCUACAAAAUCCACCUCCCCGAAACAGUGGAACAGCUGAGGAAGUUCAAUGCCAGGAGAAAGCUGAAGGGUGCAGUGCUGGCAGCUGUGUCGAGCCACAAGUUUAAUUCCUACUAUGGAGAUCCCCCAGAGGAGAUGCAUGAUUUCUCUGAUGACCCCACCUCUUCAGGACUGCUAGCUGCUGAAACAGGGGCAGUGUCGCAGGUGUUGGAUAGCCUAGAGGAGAUUCACGCUUUGACGGACUGCAGUGAGAAGGACAUGGACUUCCUUCACAGUGUCUUCCAGGAUCAACACCUUCAUACGCUCUUAGAUCUUUAUGAUAAAAUCAACACCAGAUCAUCCCCUCAGAUCAGGAAUCCUCCAAGUGAUGGGGUGCAGAGGGCCAAGGAGGUGCUGGAAACCAUCUCCUGUUAUCCAGAGAACAUGGAAGCCAAGGAGCUAAGAAGGAUCCUCACACAGCCGCACUUCAUGGCUCUGCUGCAAACUCACGAUGUUGUGGCCCACGAAGUGUACAGUGACGAGGCUCUGAGGGUCACCCCUCCGCCCACCUCCCCAUACCUAAACGGAGACUCGCCAGACAGCACCAACGGCGACAUGGACCUGGAGAACGUUACCAGGGUUCGUCUUGUCCAGUUUCAGAAGAACACGGAUGAGCCCAUGGGAAUCACGCUGAAAAUGAAUGACCUUAACCACUGCAUUGUUGCCCGUAUCAUGCAUGGCGGAAUGAUUCAUCGACAAGGGACUCUCCAUGUUGGCGAUGAGAUCCGGGAGAUUAAUGGUAUCAGUGUUGCUAACCAGACAGUGGAGCAGCUCCAGAAGAUGCUGAGAGAAAUGAGAGGCAGCAUCACCUUCAAAAUUGUACCUAGCUACCGCUCGCAGUCCAUGUCUUGUGAGAAGGAGUCCCCCGAUGUGUCCCGACAGUCACCUGCAAACGGCCAUGCAAGUGUCAACAGCUCCAUUCUGGACUUACCAGCCACGAUUCAGCCAAAAGGCCGGCAGAUCUCCAGACCUGCCAUCAAGGACAAAUUGUCCAUCAAGAUCUACGUGCGGGCGCAGUUUGAAUACGACCCGGCGAAAGAUGACCUCAUACCGUGUAAGGAAGCUGGCGUCCGCUUCAGGGUUGGCGACAUCAUUCAGAUUAUCUCAAAGGACGAUCACAACUGGUGGCAGGGGAAACUGGAGAACACCAAGAACAGCACAGCGGGACUCAUCCCUUCCCCUGAGCUGCAGGAGUGGCGUGUUGCCUGCAUUGCGAUGGAGAAAACUAAACAGGAGCAGCAGGCCAGUUGUACCUGGUUUGGCAAAAAGAAAAAGCAGUACAAAGACAAGUACCUGGCCAAGCACAAUGCAGUGUUUGAUCAACUAGAUCUUGUGACGUAUGAGGAAGUGGUCAGGGUGCCGUGCUUCAAGAGGAAAACGUUGGUUUUGCUUGGAGCACAUGGAGUGGGAAGGAGACACAUUAAGAACACACUCAUCACAAAACAUCCUGACCGCUUCGCCUACCCGAUACCCCACACAACUCGGCCCCCGAAGAAGGACGAGGAGAACGGGAAGAACUACUACUUCGUAUCUCAUGACCAGAUGAUGCAGGACAUCAGCAACAACGACUACCUGGAGUACGGCAGCCACGAGGAUGCCAUGUACGGGACCAGGCUGGAGACCAUCCGACAGAUCCACAGCCAAGGCAUGAUCUCCAUACUGGACGUCGAGCCGCAGGCAUUGAAGAUCCUCAGGACGGCAGAAUUUGCUCCCUACGUCGUCUUCAUUGCAGCACCAACCAUCACACCUGGAAUCACUGAGCUUCCAAAGUGGUGCCGAAAGCUCCCAGACGAUUCGCUCCAGCGGCUGCAGAAGGAAUCCGAGAUGCUGCAGCAGACGUACGCCCACUACUUUGACCAGACCAUCAUCAACAACGAAAUCGACGACACCCUGCGCCUGCUCGAGGAAGCGGUGGACCUGGUGUCCACCACCCCUCAGUGGGUCCCCGUCUCUUGGGUCUACUGACACACGAUCAACCAGGACCAACUUCCUCUCACUCUUUCAUCCUCUGUAGAUAGAAUCUGGCCGAAAACUGAAGAAAGGCUGCGACACCUCAAUGCCUAGCGUCUUGUACAUAUAUACAUAUAUACAUAUAUAUAUAUAAAUAUAUAUAUAAAAUCUAUAAAUGACAAAAAGGUGUUCUACUCUAGUGGACAGAGAGAAAAGGGGCUGCCUGGUAGAUAUUUUGUACUUUUCUUUUGUAAUUGAUAGACGGGUGGGUGCAACGUAUCAGAGUGGCAAUUGUGAGCAUGGCCAGUUGUAAGUGAGUACGUAUGGGUGUUUUAAGACACUUCCUGUGGUACAUGGUCUUAUCCUCUCCUGUGGCCCCAGUUAGCUCCUCAGGGGGGUCAUCGAAGCACAUUAGAAGCUGCUACAGUGGCGACAACUCUCAGCUCCACAGGCAAAGAAAGCACAGAAAACUUGGCAGUUUCUUUCCCCACCAGCCCCCCUGACUCCAUCCCUUUAUUUAUUUCUCUGGCCCUUCGUGCCUGCCAGUCUUAUGAAGGAGCACAGCGCCUUUCCUCCCGACCUCUUUGUUUACAUCUCAGUUUGCACAAAAAACGGACAUGUACGAGAUCAUGUUUCUACGUUUUCAUCUGGCUGUCUCUCACUCUCCUCAACGUGAGCGGAACCGAAACCCCCCCGCCUGAACUGCCUGAACAGAAUCUUGUGGGAGGACCCCCUAUUGCACACCCCAGUUUCCUCCCAGGCCGACUCCGAUGGCAACGGUCCCUGAAAAAGAGAGCCAUGUUUGUGACAUAAAAGGGGAAUGUGUAUGUGGGGAAGGGGGCGAGGGGUCCUGACUUGGUGGGAUCGGUCUCAAUUUUUUCGGACUUGUAACUGUUGUCUUAAAAAAUAUAGAGUAUUCUUGUUCCCGGGAGAGAAAAUAACAAAAUUUUGUGUGUAAAUGUUACAAUGGUGCGUAUGUCAUAUGAGUGAAAAACCAAGAGCCAGUGUAUAUUAAUCCCGAAAAAAAAAGAAGCUCGGUAUGUGACAUCGUCUGUUCAUGCUUUACAGGAAGUAGCACAAUCAGUUACAAAGGCACAUUGGAUUGACGGGUUUGAGACUUCUGUGCCACUUCAAGUAAAGUUGUUUCAUUUCAGGUCCUGUGUAUAUUUCUUCUGCUCAACGACGACAACGUCUUCUCUUCUGUAUGAAAUUGUUGUUUUGUUCGGUCAUUUCGUUUUUUAAAAAUAUAUAAAUUUCCUUUUACGUGUUUAAAUUAAACUGACUCGUCUUUGACCAGCUC